UCCAGAUACCCACACCAAAUCUAGUCUUGAUUUGAAUACAAUUGCUCCUACCGCAGAUGACACAACCUAUCGGUUAACAGUACAAGGGCUAAAAUACGCAUCUUCUGGAGAUUUAUGGCAAUUUGGCAUUAUUAACACAAAACCUGACGUACUUGUCGUUUCAAAUACUAAUUACCCUGAUGUUAACAAUCAUUAUCACCGUGAAUUCAGAAUUUAUACUCUAAUGAAAUGGAUCUUGCGUGUUCACCGCCGCGAUCCUUUUAGAACGACACCCUUAGUGAUGGUUGACGGAGGUUCAAAUCAUGGGCUGUUUUCUCUUGUCGCUGGUGCGAGCGGUGCUCAUACCAUCGCCUUUGAACCACAAACUCAUUUAAGAAGUAUAAUUAACAUGGCAGGUAGAUUGAACCAAGUUUCUACACGUCUUCGUGUCCUUCCAUUUGCUAUUCUGGAUAAAUUCAAAGAACUCGCAAUGGAAAAAGUUGAAAUUAAUGACGGUGGCAUCGGUGGACUUUCUUAUAACAAUCCUAAUGCGAUGAUCACUACGCAAACCAUCCGACUUGACAGCUUACCAGCUUUCAACCUAUUAUUUUCUCAAAGAAAGACAAGAGAAGACAAGUCUAUUGUGGAAGUUGACGAUUUAGGCAAGGAAUAUGCCACGGAAAUCAUUAAUGCAGUUGAUAACGAAACAGCACGUAUAUCUGAAUCACUAUCGUUCCGCCAGCCCAUUCAUUUUCUGAAGAUUGAUGUGGAGGGCUUUGAGUUACCUGCUUUAAAGUCAGCGUCCAAACUGUUUGAAAAGCAACUUAUUGAACACACUGUACUUGAAUUUGGUCCACCCAGCCGAUGGGAUGUGACAAUACCCGGAGCCGAAAACAUGGAUGUCAGCGAUAUUCGUAAACAGACAAUGGCUGAGGCAAAGGCUGUUUUACACCAGGCUACAAAAGAAUGGAAGUUGGAUAUAAACCUUUUACCAGCCGAAGGUUGGGAAAGAACAAUCAAAUUUAUGUUGGACCAUGGCGUUGACGAAAGUAACGGAGACCCUUCAAAGAACAAGGUUGUUCAGAAGCUAAUGGCUUGGAAGUUUGAUGAUUUACCUGAAGAUAAUGAUGAAUUCGAAGAAGAACUCAAGAUGAAGAACAACUUAGUUACAGAAUUCAUACGACUACCAGAAAGACUAAUUGAUGAUUUCAUUGACGAAUCUCAGGCUAUUGGCGAGAUGUAUCUGUGGUUCACAAAGAAGAACUCUGACAGUCCUGUGACGAAGAAAGUAUCUCUUUAAUUUAACUACAUGAGCAUAAUUUUUACAAAUGUAUAUAUGAAUUAUAUAACGACUAUAUUUCUAGUUUUCUAGCAAAUGAUUAAAAUCCAAAAAGUCAAACAUUAUCUGGAUUAUUCAAAUGACACAGGCAGAAACCAUAUACUGAUUGCACACUCACCUUUUAUUGAGGGUAAAUUUUGCAUAUUCGAAGGUAACUUGGGAAGUAUGGUAUCAUUCAUAGUAGCUAGAAGCUUUGCUACCAUCUUUUCCACAUCACUUUUAAGUGUUUUGGUUGAGGUAGCCUUAUUUUUGAUCUAAGUAUAAAUAGUUAGAACCGAGCACAAUCAUUAGUUU